CUGCCACCUGCCACCGCCUGCCACCGCCUGCCACCCACCCACCUAUUUGUUGUCGUACACACGCAAGUACCUGGGACACACAAAUAACAAAAGCCCAGGGCCGGCUCGUUCGCACCCGCCUCUGGCAUCAAACCCUAUUCAUUCAUUACCGGGGGGAGAAAAAUGCUACGACUAUUAUCUGCAUCAGUUCGCUUUGUUUCUCAUGCACCCCUCUUCUCGUGAAGUACCCUUUGUGCCAACCACCAAUUGCAGUUUCUAUCGCAGCUGUUUGUUCUCAUCCCUCACCUGCAUAACAUACCUCACCAUACGUACAUGAUAGAUGGUACAACGGACUAUCGCAUUCCUCAUUGUCUCCACCUCAACCUGUAGCAACCCGGCAAAGACGCUUGUCAUGACGUCUAGUUGAGAUGUCCAUUUCUGCCACCAGACACAGGAUCCGCCGACUUCACUGGUAUCAGAGAUGUCGCUCACUCCAUCGAACGCCAGGAUGAUGAGCCCUGCGUGGGCCGGCAGUAUCAAACUCACUCCAGCCAAUUCACCACUUGCUAAAAACACUCCCCUUCGCUCGCCCAUAAAAACUUCACGCGGUCCGGAAGCAACUCUUACCCUAAAACAGGUCAUUGGAACCACCGCAUGCUCUGCCAAUGCCUUUGAUAGCCUCCCCGCCGCAAACUCGUUUGCCUUCACAGCCGGGGCCGCAGCUGUCGUUGCAACGGUCGACAGCGAGCGCAAUGUCACUCAGAGAUUCUAUCGUGCAAGACCUACCACAAACCCACUCAAUCCGUCUGCCUCGGUCUAUGGCGGUCCAUCGACACCCACGCAGAACGAAAGUCGCAACAGAACCGCUGCUUCUCUACGAGACGCCGGCAUAGGUGCAUCUCCACUUGCCUCCCCUGCAACCGAAUGGGCCGAUUCUCCUUCGAAUAGAACAUGGACUGCAAAGGAACGCAUAAAGGCUGCUACUUGUGUAUCUUUCAGCCCGGACGGGAAAUAUUUGGCUGUAGGAGAGACGGGAUACAAACCACGAGUUCUCAUCUUUUCGACAGCCGCCGACGCACCCUCUGAUACGCCUCUCACGACCAUAUCUGACCACACGUUCGGUGUUCGAUGUGUUGCCUUCAGUCCGGAUUCUCAAUAUCUUGCAAGCCUGGGCUCAGCUAACGACGGCUUUCUCUACGUAUGGAGUAUAAAUCCUCGAAAUGGAGCGGCCACACUUCACUCGAGCAAUAAAUGCACCAGUGCUAUCAAUCGAAUCGCAUGGAUGGAUAACACCCUGAUCACAGUUGGCACACGGCAUGUUAAAGUGUGGAGAAUCGAGGAACCUAACGUGAUGACCCGAACGAUCAAACGGCAGAGCGAUUUCUCAUUUCUUUCUCCGAGCCUCCAUAGGACACUCCCAGGCCGUAACUGCAUACUGGAGUCUUUAUUGGAAGCAAACUUCACCAGCGUUGUUGCAGUGGCGCCAGGCAAGGCCAUUGUUGCUUCUGAAAAGGGCGAUAUCUGCCUGAUUGACGACUCCGAUAGGACCCAGCGCUUUUCCAAAGUAGCUGACGCUGGAUUUGCGGUCACUUCGAUGACUGUAGAUCUGAAGGGUCGGCUCCAUCUCGCAAGCAGUCAAGGCGGGCUAAAAACAAUCAAUAUCAAGGACACGAUUGGGGCCUCCACACCUCCACCUUCCCCGCCUCCCCGUGUCGAGUCCCCAACAGUGAAUUUGACUUCAGGCGUCAUCCAAAUCGAAGCAAUCGCCGCUUCUUACGACUACCUUAUUACAGUCGAUUCACAGCGCUCAAUCCUCGUGUCUCACCUGUGCGCGACCGACGAUGAAACCAUAGUAGGCGAUGUCGUACAGAAAUUGCCCGCGCACGGCGACCCCGUGUUGGGCGUAGCGACCAUCGCUGCUCCCACCGCAAACGAGGCGUCUUUCUAUACAUGGUCCGCUGGUGGAUCAGUGCUUUUCUGGAAUCAAGAUGGCGUCUCCAAAGACGCCCUUCAAGUUCCGCUCGAGCAAAUUGACACCUCCGACGCUGAUACUAAUGAAUUGAAAACGGUCAGGGCAUCUCUGAGCGCAGACUUUCUCGUCUCUGGAGACAAGUAUGGUGUGCUUAGGAUCCUGGACGUUGCAUCAAAAGAGAGUCGAUUCCAAUUCAAGGCACACGCAAACGAGAUCACGGAUAUUGCUAUUUUCGAAGCAAAUGAAUUGGCUUACAUUGCGUCUGCUUCUCGAGACAGAUGUGUUCAGAUCUUCAUCAAGAGCAAGGACACAUGGGAUCUCAUGCAGACUCUCGACGAACAUGUUGGCGCAGUGACCGGGCUGGUUUUUUCGCGAAACGGGACCCGCUUAGUUUCCUGUUCCUCCGACCGUACUCUUGUAGUUCGUGAGUUGGUUUCUCGCGAAGACGAAGCUGGCAGGAUCAGCGCCUUCGUCAUUCUUAAAACUAUAAUAUUGAAAACGACGCCUGUAUCGAUGGCUUGGGACGUCGAACAGGAUGAUGCCCUCCUUGUAUCAACGAUUGACCGACAGGUACACAAAUAUGACCUCAGGAACAGUCAGACAAUCACAAGCUUCAGAGCUUCAGACACGGAAGGCGGCGAUGCGGUGAUUCUGGGUUCGCUUGCUCACAUUCCUAGGGCGUACAGCUCGCCCCUGAUUGCGGGCGUCUCGAGUACCGACAAAUCGAUCAGGCUUUACGAGGAGAACGGGACGCUCGCCGCUCGAGAUUGGGGCCACACGGAGGGCGUCACGGACAUUGCUCUUAUCAAGACACGAGAUACUGAAGGAGAUGAAUUGACUCCCAAGUCUCUCGUUACUGUAGCUGUGGACGGCACGAUUUUCGUCUGGUCUCUGAGUUUCAAAGUGCCCCAACGCCAGGACCUGUCGAAGUCAAUGGAUUUGCUGACUCCUCGUACGCCUACGAAUUCCGAUCUACUGGCGAACAGGCCACCGUUGCGCCGGGUCUUUUCGCAGUCUGAACUGGCCCGCUUCCAGCGUUCACCUACGGAGGAGGAUGCUCCCACGCCAACGGGUAAUAGGUCACCCAAGUUGCGCAAAAGGCUUUCGAAGUACUCUCUAGCAAACACACCCAAAUUGGAUCCUUCACCAAUGCCAAGUCUAUCCAGAGACUUGCGUGGGUCGGUCUCAAGCUCAACACAAGCUACGAUUAGGAGAUCUCACAGGAACCGUUCGCCGUCCCCCCCAAGUCCGCGCCACGCUCCACAGAUCACCAAAAGACGUUCUUCAGUAGACGUCCGCUUGCGUGCGGCCAAAGCACCUGUGAGUGAAUUCGGGAGUCUUGGAGCCUCUAGUGAAAGCCUCUGUCGCACCCUGCGGGCAUAUCGAAAGCGGCUGGCAAACAGUUCGGACAGUCUAAGCUCUGAGCACGUCCGAGAUAUUGAGAGAGAGUUAGCGCAGACAGCUCGUGCUGUAGGCGAGAAGGCGAAAUCCAAGGGCAUCGACGAGACAGUUAUUGUGAAACUACUGGAUCAGUACUCUGAACGACUAGUAAACAUCCUUGACGAGAAGAUCGCGGCAUCUGUGGCAUUGAGGGUCCGCGAAAACAGCGAGAGCGGUGCUUCGGGUGGCAUUGCGUCACCAGCCCUCGGCAAGGACGUCGAGGGGACAGAGCAGGACAUCAGUCGUGGCAUAGAAGGGUUGGCGAUCGACGAUGCGAUCGCAACGCCUAUUACGACAGUUAUACCCCAGUUUCCUGGAGAGGAAAUCACGGAGGGGCCAAGGCAGGAUGGAUAAUACGGCACCGGGCAAGGGCGGGAGCGACAUUUGGCGAGCAUGGCGUUUUUUCUACCAUUUUGCAAUUUCCAAGCUACACCUACAAAGCGAAGGAGGUCCAACACACGAGUGAUUGAACUCGUCUUGCAUGGGAGGUGUUUUGGCGUUUGAUGUUCCUUCUUGGAAAGACCGGCGAGAUCUCAUGAUCACUUUUGAUUUUCUGUUUCAUCCAUACACAUCCAUGAGCUGGAUAAUAUUCUUUUGUGAGGUGUCGGAGUCUUCGAGACGAUUUUUUUUGUGGCUUUGAUUCAUGGGUGGACGCUCGUAGUUACCUAGGUAGUUAUGGGUGACUACAGGCACUUUCCGUAUAAACCAAGAGUGAUACAAAGAGACUGAACACAUCUCACGAGUUUCGC